GAAGGGGAGGGGAGGUUGUGUGAGAAGCUGCUCCUGACAGAAGGAUGCUGCAGCUGAGCCUGUCCUGGCUGGGCCUGGGGCCAAUGGCAGCCUCCCCAUGGCUGCUCCUGCUGCUGGUUGGAGCCACCUGGCUCCUGGCUCGUGUCCUGUCCUGGACCUACACCUUCUAUGACAACUCUCUCCGCCUCCAAUGUUUCCCGCAGCCUCCGAAACGGGGAUGGUUUUGGGGUCACUUGGGUUUGCUCACCCCCACAGAGCAGGGCAUGAGGAACCUGACUCAGCUGGUGUCCACCUACCCUCAGGGGUUUAUGGUCUGGAUGGGCCCCUUUUUCCCUGCCAUCAAUUUAUGCCACCCCGACAUCAUCCAGUCUGUCAUCAAUGCCUCAGCUGCCAUUGCACCCAAGGAUAUGACUUUGUACGGGUUCCUGAAACCGUGGCUUGGAGAUGGGCUGCUGCUGAGUGCCGGUGACAAGUGGAUCCGCCACCGCCGCCUGCUGACACCCGCCUUCCACUUCAACAUCCUGAAGCCCUAUGUGAAGAUUUUCAACCACAGUGUGAACGUCAUGCACGCCAAGUGGCAGCGCCUGGCCUCACAGGGCAGUGCCCAUCUGGACAUGUUUGAGAACAUCAGCCUCAUGACCUUGGACAGUCUGCAGAAAUGUGUCUUCAGCUUCGACAGCAACUGUCAGGAGAAGCCCAGUGAGUAUAUUGCUGCCAUCUUGGAGCUCAGCGCCCUUGUGGCAAAAAGGCAGCAUCAUCCCAUCCUGCACGUGGACCUCCUGUACUAUCUCACUGCUGACGGCCGGCGCUUCCUCAGGGACUGUCGCCUGGUGCACGACUUCACAGACGCCGUCAUCCAGGAGAGGCGCCGCACCCUCCCCGAUCAGGGUGUUGAUGAUUUCCUCAAGGCCAAGGCCAAGACCAAGACUUUGGACUUCAUCGAUGUGCUCCUGCUGAGCAAGGAUGAAGAUGGGAAGGAGUUGUCAGAUGAGGACAUCAGAGCAGAGGCUGACACCUUCAUGUUUGAGGGUCAUGACACCACAGCCAGUGGACUCUCCUGGGUCCUGUACCACCUUGCAAAGCAUCCGGAAUACCAGGAGCGCUGCCGGCAGGAGGUGCGAGAGCUCCUGAGGGACCGCGAGCCUGAAGAGAUUGAAUGGGAUGACCUGGCGGAGCUGCCCUUCCUGACCAUGUGCCUCAAGGAGAGUCUGCGCCUUCAUCCCCCGGUCACAGUCAUAUCUCGCCGCUGUACCCAGGACGUUGAGCUCCCAGAAGGCCGCGUCAUUCCCAAAGGUGUCACUUGCCUCCUCAGUAUUUUCGGGACCCACCACAACCCAGCUGUGUGGCUGGACCCUGAGGUCUAUGACUCCUUCCGCUUCGACCCUGAAAACGUCAAGGACAGGUCACCUCUGGCUUUUAUUCCCUUCUCUGCAGGGCCCAGGAACUGCAUCGGACAGACGUUCGCCAUGGCUGAGAUGAAGGUGGCCCUGGCGCUCACGCAGCUGCGCUUCCGCGUCCUGCCCGACGACGAGGAGCCUCGUAGGACGCCAGAGCUGAUCCUGCGCGCGGAGGGCGGACUGUGGCUGAGGGUGGAGCCGCUGAGCGCGGGCCCGCAGUGAUGCACCCACCACCCCCUGGCCUGGGAACCCACACCGAGCCCACUCACCUACCUUUGCAGAUUCCCA